GAACAUGGACUCCAACGAGGUGCUGCCGCGACACUUCGAUGCCGCCGCGAAGUGGCCCGGGAUGAUCCACGGGCCCCUGGACCAGGGGAACUGCGCCGGGUCCUGGGCCUUCUCCACGGCGGCCGUGGCCUCGGAUCGAAUCUCCAUCCACUCCAUGGGACACAUGACCCCCGCCCUGUCCCCACAAAACCUGCUCUCCUGUGACACCCGAAACCAGCGGGGCUGCAGCGGGGGGAGACACCCCACUGAGUACAGGGAUGAGGUUGGAAUUUGGGUCUGGCAAGGGAUCUAA